AAUUGAUCUAAUUUUUUAUUUGUUUUUCCCCAUUCAGAUAAUUCAUCUUUAUAUUGAAAAGAUUUUCGAUUCUUGAUUUACAUUUAAACAAUUAUAAUCAUGGGUAACAUUUUAUCAAGUUUCUUUUCUCGAAAACAACAUGAAAAUUCAAAAAAAUCAAAUGUUUCAGCAAAUAAUAUUCAUAAUUGUCAAAGAAAUGAAAACGAUGAGAAAUUAUGUCGAUCAUCAACUAAAAAAUCAAAAAAAUCAAAUAUUGAUCCUAACAAAGUUUUACAUAAUACUUAUGAUCAACAAAACUACUGUGAACCAAAUCAGAACGAUUCAGUUUUAAAAUCGAAAAAUGGUGAAAGCGAAAGUGAUAACCAAAAAGAUCAUUCACCAUUUCAACGUGAUUUCUAUCAACCACCACAUGAAAUAUUAGUACCAUUGGAAAAAUAUCGUCCACGUCGUUCAAACAUACGACGUUCGGCACGAAUAAAUCCAAUCAAAUCAAAUCAUCUCGAAGAAUUCAAUGUUGAUAUUGCACCAAAACUAUAUGUGGAAGAGACGAUCUCAAAACCACCGAAAUCUGAUUAUAAACCUGAAACAUCAUAUGUUGAUAAUCAAAAUGAUGAAAAAGUUGAAAACGACAAAGAAGAUGAAAACAUUGUUGAUGAUUUGGAUCCAAGUGAACGAACAAAAGUAGUUCGAUCAAAAAUAUCUGAACUUCUUCGUCGACAACAGCAACAACAACAACAACAACAACACCAAUCAGCAUUAUUAUUGAAUAAUCAAAGAAAAUAUAAAAGUGUCUUUGAACCUGGUCUCGAUUAUUAUAAAUCAUCAACAAAUGAUAUACAAUUAGAUUUACCGGAAAAGAUUGUAGACGAUGAAACAUCACCAACAAAUGAAGAAACUCCAAAUGAUGUUCUACGUCGACCAAAAAAGACAAUGAUGGCUAUCCAUGGUAAUGCAUUGCUUAUUGAUGAACUUAAAAAACGUCAAUCACAUUUUCAUGAAUCACGCGAACCACAUCAUCAUCAUCUCCAUCAUCAUCAUCAGAUUAAUUCAAUGGCUUCAGUCCAAUAAAAAAACAAAAGUGAUUUCUCAUAAUAUCUGUUGCAUAUUUAUAAAUAUAGUUACCCAUUUCAGUUUUACAUUAUC